AUGAAAACUAAUGUUCAAGCCGAAGCCUAUUUUCCAGGUGUUACACUCCCUCCACAGCCUUUACGAUCUCACCAAACGCACUAUAAAGCCCUAAUGUCUCGUCUGUACUAUUCCUCAGCUUGUAAAAUAUUCUAUACAAUUAUGAUAAUUUUGACGACAACAUGCAUAAUCUGGACUCUCCUAAACACCGGAACGUAUCCGAUAGAAGGAUGAUUUGUCGCCCUUGAAGUCAUUUUAAUUGUUCUGCUUACAGCAGAGCUGAUUUUCAGGGUUUUCAUGCAAGGGCUUAAAAUUUUUAUAAAAGAUUUUGAAAACAUUAUUGAUAUCUUUGUAGUACUAAAUAACAUUAAUUACUCAUUGUUUACCGCGCUAUUUUUUUCAUCAGGAUAAUUUAGGCACAUUUAGGCCCACAAUUUUAACUCAUCAUUAAUGACGUCGCAGCAUUUCUACGUCACCAUUAAUAUCUGAUGGAGGCAAUCUGAAACUUCGACUUCCCCAAAAACCUGACCAUAGAAUGCGUGCCCUUAUAUACCGUCCGGGGUUUUCGCGAACUGCCUCAAAGCCAUCUUUCUCCCCAGGAUAGGCUAUGGGAUGGAAACAUACUCGAAAAAGUGUAGGGGAAGCAUAUAUACCAUUGAAAGCAGUUCAGCAGGGUCCUAAGAGAGAGGUUGCUUUUGUUUCAAACACGCUCCAAUUGAGCCAUUUCUCCUCGAUAUGACUGUCUGACAUUCAAGCAGCACAUUGAUGCAGCUUCACUUAGGUUUUUAUGCAAGAUAUGGAAACUCGUCAAGGGAGGCUUGGGGAUGUAUUAGGGGAGACCUCUGAAAGUCUGGCAAUGCACACAUGACUGAUUGCAGACUUAAAAGGCUUGCCGGUGAUAAAGACCUAGACGCUGUUUUAUAGGGAGACCAAGAGAGCUCUGAGGAGUUCGAUGAUUUUCUGAGGGCGAGUAGGCCUGAAGCAAGCAUAGAAGGCUGUGAAAGAUUAGGAAUUGGAAACCUUAGUCGAGCAGGGAUUACGAAGUAAAUUUAGCAAGAAAUCGAGUGGCAAAUUGCUUAAAGGAGAGAAAGGAGCUUCUUCUGGAGAGGAAACUUGAUGCACAAACGAUGGUUGUCGAAUCCUCUGGCUGCUAUGCUGAUUUGUGAGUUGAUAGGAGAAGUGUUGGAAAUAAUUGAAGACGAUACAAGUGAUGCAAGUGCUAUUGAAGGAAAAUCAUUAAUUAUAGUGUAGGGUAAUAAAACUUUUUGUUCUUGUUGGCCAUAGAACCUCACAGGAUGUGCUACCUCGCUCUAGCUUGAUUCCUGCAUGUGUCCGUAUAAGCGUUUUCCUUCUUGAAAAUGUCACCUCCUAAAACUUAAGGAUGAUGUGCUCCAGCCUAUGUGGGGUGUUGCUGAUAUGGAUUAUUUUAAGGUGCCUAAGGAAUAUCACUCCCAUAAUAAUAAAAUUGCAAAAGGAGAAAAAGAUUUCAGAAAACUUAUCCCGAAAACGUCAUUUUAUUGCUAUGAUAUUUUUGUAGCGCUUAUAAGCAUCGCAGGUGUUUUCGUUGGGUUUGAACUCCACGAUGAGCUUGCCGAUAUGGAAGAAUCCCUUUCAAUGUUUAUUCUAUUGCUAAGAACAUCUACGAAUUAUCUAAGAUUAGCGAUAUUUGUCAAGAAUAUGAGAAAUACAGCAGUAAGCGAGAUAAGUCUGACCCAUAUAAGCCCAUCAAAAAGCUCAGAAAAAAUCGAAAUGAAUAAGCCAGUGUCAAAGUAUAUCAUGGAACGAAAAAAUUCAAAAGAAUUUUCGACCCUUUCCGAUGAAAUUUCUAUCGAAGAUUAA